AAUAAUGGUUGUGCUACAGACUAUUUCAACACAAAAGCGAACUUAUUACAUGUGUAUUUUCGCGGUUAAAGUUCACGUCGUUCGAGAGCUGGCAUCGAUGAUUAGAUUCGGAAUAGCUGGAUCAGAUCAGCAGUCCAUAAUCUCAAUCUCCUCCACUGGAUUUCCUCCACCAGCACUUGAGUGACCGACUGACUGACCACUGAGCGCAAUUCGCCUUUCCAGCAACAAUCAGUCAGUACGCGAUAUUCAACGAAGACGGACGCUUUGCGGUGGCUCGUUAAUCCAUAACCUGUUUACGUGACUUGAAUACUGUGCCGCAUAGCAAAAUGCCAGCCAAACCAGUGAAUCCCGAUCUCCAGAAGGAACGCAGCACGGCCACCUUCAAUCCCCGGGAGUUCUCCGUUCUGUGGGCCGGCGGCGAGGAGCGAUUCAAGGAGAAGAAGGCCCUGGAGAAAUUGUUUUUGGAGGAUCCAGCCCUUCAGGACGACUUGCCCAUUUCCUAUUUGUCACACAAGGAGCUCUAUGAGCACAGCUUGCGCAAAGCCUGCAUCAUAGGAGAGAAGAUCCGCAAGCUACGUGCUGAUGGCGAGGAUGGAGUGGAUACUUACAAUGCUCUGCUUGGUGGAUCCUUGGGAUCGGCUAUUCUAAAGGAGGGCAAUCCGCUUGCGCUGCACUACGUGAUGUUCGUGCCCACCAUCAUGGGCCAGGGAACGAUGGAUCAGCAGGUGGAAUGGCUGAGCAAGGCCUGGGACUGUGAAAUCAUUGGCACCUAUGCCCAAACGGAACUGGGACACGGAACCUUCCUGCGCGGUCUGGAGACCAGGGCUGACUACGAUGCCAGCACCCAGGAGUUUGUUAUAAACACUCCAUCACUCAGUGCAUACAAGUGGUGGCCCGGUGGAUUGGGACACACUGCUAACCAUGCGGUUGUGGUGGCACAACUCUACACCAAGGGCGAGUUCCGUGGUCUGGCUCCUUUUAUUGUCCAAUUGAGGGAUUCCGAUACUCACCGUCCCAUGCCCGGCAUCGACAUUGGAGAUAUUGGUACCAAGCUGGGCAUGAAGGGUGUCAACAAUGGCUAUUUGGGACUGAAGAACGUACGGGUGCCUUUAAACAACAUGCUGAUGAAGAACCAGCAAGUGCUGCCCGAUGGCACAUAUGUGGCGCCGAAGAAUAGCGUGCUUACCUACGGAACUAUGAUGUUUGUGCGUUGUGCUCUUAUCCGUGAUACCGCUCAGAGCCUGGCAAAGGCAUCCACUAUUGCCACUAGGUAUUCAGCUGUUCGCCGACAGAGUCCCAUUGAUCCCAAUCAACCGGAGCCCCAAAUCAUGGACCAUACCACGCAGCAGUUGAAGUUGUUCCCCCAGAUAGCUAAAGCCAUCGUUUUCAAAACGACGGGUGAUGGCAUCUGGAAUAUGUACAACGUGAUAUCUGGCGAGAUUGAGCAGGGUAACUUGGAUCGCCUGCCCGAAAUGCAUGCAUUGUCCUGCUGCCUUAAGGCCAUCUGUAGUGCCGAUGCCGCCGCCGGCGUGGAAACGUGUCGUCUGUCAUGUGGCGGACAUGGCUACAUGGACUGCUCCAACUUCCCCACGAUAUACGGCAUGACCACGGCCGUUUGCACCUAUGAGGGCGAGAACACAGUGAUGCUGCUGCAGACUGCUCGCUAUUUGGUGAAGGUUUAUGGGCAGGCCUUGAAUGGAGAGAAGCUGGUGCCAACGGUUUCGUACAUCAGUGAUGCAAUAAACCAAACCAAGUUUGUUAACUUUGACGGAUCAUUGAGGUCUAUUGUCAAGGCUUUCCAAUUCGUUGCCGCCAACAAAACCCGAAUUGCCUAUGAGCAGAUUGAACUGCGCCGCAAGCAAGGUUAUGGUACCGAGGUGGCAGCUAAUCUAUGUGGCACCUUCCUAACAGCAGCUGCAGAUCUUCAUGGACGCGCCUUCCUAGCGCAGACUGCCUAUACGGAGCUUUUGGCCUUGUCGCGCGAGGUGUCCCCAGAACUAGCUGAAGUCCUAAAGGUGGUGCUGGAGCUGUAUCUGGUAGACGCCUGCCUCAACCGCAUUGGCGACUUCUUGCGGUUCAUUGAUCUCACUGAUCAAGAUGUCACGAAACUGGAGGUUCGCCUGGAGAACUGCUUAAAACGAUUCCGGCCGAAUGCCGUCAGCUUGGUGGACAGCUUUGAUCUUCACGAUCGCGUGCUAGAUUCCGCAUUGGGUGCCUAUGAUGGAAAUGUUUACGAACACAUCUUCGAGUCUACGAAGAAGAACCCGUUGAACAAGGAGCCAGUCAACGGAGCAUUCCACAAGUACUUGAAGCCAUUCAUGAAGGCUCACCUCUAGAUUCAUAUCCUAUUGCUCUGGAAGAUUUUCACAAGUGUUAUUAUUGUAAAUAUACAUUUGUUUCCAUUGUUUUUGUAUUAUACAACUGUCUGCUUAGCAAAUGGUCUUUAAGACAAUUAUGAUGUCAGGGCUUGUGCAGUUGAAACUAGGCUGUAAAAUUAUACACAAAU